AUGCAGAAGUUCCCCACACAAUCACACUCCUCUUCUUCCUCCAAGAUGUCAGAGGGAUUUGAGCCUCAUCUUGAAUCCCAGACAUCCAGCAUGAGUAAGGUUGCAAAAGGAGCCUACAAACAUAUCAUUAAUCACAUGCUCACACUCCUACUCAUAUAUGUCACCGUUACCAUUUCCAUUCAAGCAGUUCAACAAGGUCAAGAUUACCUCAGUAAGCAUCUUCUCUCUCUACAUGAUCUCUCAUUCAUAUGGUACAUCAUCUCUUUCUUGCUAGUAAUCAUCACCAUAUUCACCGUUCACUUCAUGAACAAGUCUCAACCCGUCUAUCUCCUUGACUUUGCCUGUUUCAAGCCUCCCGCAAUGUAUAGGGUACCCCAUGCUACAGCAUAUGAACAUGGACGCAUCAUCUUAGCCUCACAUCAAAAAGGCGUUGAAUUCCUAGUGAAGGUCUUCGAACGGGCAGGGUUGGGUGCCGAAACUAGCUUGCCCCACCCAUUACAUUACAUACCACCAAAUCCAACUUUGAUCGGUUCUAGAGAAGAAACCGAACUUGUCAUUUUCUCAUCAAUGGAUUCUUUGUUUGAGCAAACGGGGAUUAGCCCUCAAGACAUUGACAUUGUAAUAGUAAACUGCGGCCUCUUUAAUCCCACUCCUUCUAUUUCAUCUAUGGUGAUUAACAAGUAUAAGAUGAGAAGUGAUGUGAAAAGCUAUAACUUGUCAGGGAUGGGGUGUAGUGCAAGCCUAAUUUCGAUUGAUUUAGCUAAAAAUCUUCUUCGGGUGCAUCCUGAAUCAAAUGCGAUUGUUAUAAGCACUGAAAUCAUUACCCCAAAUUCUUAUACGGGUAAGGUAAGAUCGAUGCUGGUUCCAAAUAUUCUGUUCAGAAUGGGAUGUGCAGCGAUCCUCUUGACUAAUAAAAGGUCCCUACGUAAACAUGCAAAGUAUAGUCUUUCACAUGUUGUCAGGACACACAAAGGAGCUGACGAUAGAUCUUAUGGUUGUAUCACCCAUAAAGAAGACAAAGAUGGAAAACUUGGCGUAGCCCUGGACAAGGAUCUCAUGGUAAUUGCCGCUAACUCCUUGAAAUCAAACAUCAGCAGACUGGGGGUCUUGGUUCUUCCUGUGUCGGAGCAAGCCAUAUUUCUUUUCAACCUCGUAGGGAGAAAACUCUUUAAGAUGAACAUGAAACCAUACAUUCCAGAUUACACAAAGGCCUUCGAGCAUUUCUGUGUCCAUGCCGGAGGACGUGCAGUAAUCGAUAAGGUUCAAUCGAGUUUGAAGUUGACAGAUGAACAUGUGGAAGCGUCAAGGAUGACGUUGUAUAGGUUUGGGAAUACAUCAUCAUCAUCGGUAUGGUACGAGAUGGGUUACAUAGAAGCUAAAGGUAGGAUGAAGAAAGGUAACAGGGUUUGGCAAAUAGGGUUUGGGAGUGGGUUUAAGUGUAACAGUGUAGUCUGGAAGUGUAUUAGAGACAUCGAAGUUCCAAAAACUGGGGCAUGGGCAGAUAGUAUUCACAAGUUCCCAGUUAUUGUUCCAGAUGUUGUGAUGCUCUAA